CCCGUUGCCUCCGCAGUAUUAUCUUGUCGCAGCGCAGUCUCGCUGCCGGCUGCCCCUCUCCCUCCGCCGCGCGUGAUUUCUCCGCCCACUCCCAUCCCAUACCCCGGUUCUAGGGCGAGAGACGCUGCUCCCAUGGCGGUCAGAGUCCAGUCCAUGGAGCUGAACCGCUCCCCGACGCUCCUCUCCGGCGGCCGAGGCAAAACAUGCCCGUUCAUUGUCCAAGUAAAGAGAUCAGGGGGAUUAGAGAAAGCAAAUACAAGACAAAACAGGUCGCAAGCUUCUGAAAAACUCAAGAAAAGAGAACCCCUGACCCGUGGGAUUGUUAGUGCACCUCUUCCGGUACCAGGUCACAUACCUCGACCUCCUUAUGUUGGAUCAAACAAAAUGCCAGAGAUAUCGAGUGAGAGACAAAUGCAGGACAAAGAGAGCAUCGUGCACAUGAAAGCUGCAUGUGAGCUUGCUGCUCGUGUUCUUGAAAAUGCAGGGAAAUUAGUCAAACCUUCUGUAACAACCGACGAAAUUGAUAAAGCAGUGCACAAGAUGAUCAUUGAUGCUGGAGCCUAUCCAUCCCCGCUUGGAUACGGCGGGUUUCCAAAAAGUGUAUGCACAUCAGUGAACGAAUGCAUGUGCCAUGGUAUUCCUGAUUCACGAGAACUAAAGGAUGGAGACAUAAUUAACAUUGACGUCACUGUCUACUUGAAUGGUUUUCAUGGGGAUACCUCUAAAACGUUUUUCUGUGGAGAAGUUGACGAAGCUACUAAAAGACUUGUGAAGGUUACUGAAGAAUGCAUGCUUAGGGGCAUAUCAGCCUGCAAACAUGGUGUGAGCUUUAAGAAAAUUGGCAGAAGAAUAAGCGAGCAUGCUGAGAGGCAUGGCUUUGGUGUUGUGGAGCAAUUUGUUGGGCAUGGAGUUGGCAGAGUAUUCCAUUCACAGCCAAUUAUAUAUCACCAGCGCAACAACAUGCCGGGGCAGAUGGUAGAAGGCCAGACGUUCACAAUAGAGCCGAUCCUGACCAUGGGACGCAGCAGCAUCGAGUGCGACAUGUGGGAGGACGGCUGGACGGCGGUGACGACGGACGGCAGCCUGGCGGCGCAGUUCGAGCACACCAUCCUCAUCACCAGGACCGGCGCGGAGAUCCUCACCAAAUGCUAGCAAAGCCGGCGAUGAAUGCAUACGAUUCCUGAGCGCCAGUGUAGAUCACGUGAUUUCCUGUUAUGUUGUGUACACUGAAACAGCUGUGUACGUACUACUAGUGUAACUUAAGGCUUGCUUGGAUUGUCGGACGAGUCCUAAAUACCGGCGUAAUUGAUACAGAUGUCGAGUCAUCGUUUUUA